ACGAAAACAAAGAUGGCGGCCGCCCUAAACGGUUUUCGGAAGCUAUGUGUUGGUGGCUUGCGGUCUCAAACAAGGCUUUUGCCGCGGGUGUUGGGUGUAAAUGGCUGUCAGCAUCAGCAGAACAGAAAUCUGUCGCUACAUGAACACUACAGCAUGAAACUUCUUCAGGAGGCAGGAAUUCUUAUACCUCAGGGUGGUGUGGCUAGGACACCUGAACAAGCUUAUGAAAUAGCGACUACUUUGGGUAUUGAAAGUGACUCUGAUCUGGUAGUUAAGGCACAAGUCUUGGCUGGUGGGCGUGGAAAAGGAACAUUCGAAGGAGGGCUCAAGGGUGGUGUAAGGAUUGUGUUCUCGCCAGAUGAAGCUAAAGAAAUGGCAUCAAGGAUGCUUGGUAAAAAGCUCUUUACAAAACAGACUGGAGAGCAGGGUCGAAUAUGCAAUGAUGUUUAUAUUUGUGAAAGACUCUAUGCCAGAAGGGAAUACUACUUUGCCAUUGCCUUAGAGAGAGCAUUUAAGGGACCUGUUCUGGUUGGUAGCCAGCAAGGAGGAGUUGACAUUGAACAGGUUGCUAAGGAGUCUCCAGAAGCCAUCAUUAAAUUUGGAGUGGAUAUUAUGCAAGGAUUGUCAAAGUCUGAUGCUCUGGAAUUUGCCAAAAAGAUGGGUUUUAGUGAAAGCUGUGCAGAUCAGGCUGCUGAUUUCAUUGUGCGACUUUAUGAUCUGUUUAUUGAAAAGGAUGCCACACUUAUUGAAAUAAACCCCAUGAGUGAAGAUGUACUAGGAAGAGUUGUAUGUAUGGAUGCCAAAGUGCUUUUUGAUGACAAUGCUGAAUUUCGACAACCAGAAGUGUUUCAACUGAAAGAUUGGUCGCAAGAAGACGAGAGGGAAGUAGAAGCAGGAAAAGCAAAUCUGAACUACAUUGGACUUGACGGAAGUAUUGGAUGUCUGGUGAAUGGCGCCGGUUUAGCUAUGGCGACCAUGGACAUAAUCAAACUACAUGGUGGUGAGCCCGCAAACUUUUUGGAUGUUGGCGGUGGUGCAACAAUACAGCAGGUUAUGGCAGCAUUUAAGAUCAUCAGUGACGACAAAAAGGUCCACGCAACUCUUGUGAACAUCUUUGGUGGUAUAAUGCGCUGUGACGUCAUAGCGGAAGGAAUUAUUGCUGCAGCGAGACAACUGGAACUGAAUAUUCCUAUUGUCGUACGAUUGCAAGGAACUCGAGUGGAUGACGCGAAGGCUCUCAUUGCUGCUAGUGGGUUAAGAAUUAUCGCCUGUGAUGACCUUGAAGAAGCUGCUGAAAUGGUUGUCCGCCUUUCCAAUAUUGUUGAACUUGCCCGUAGCGUGAAAAUGAGGGUCAAUUUCGAGCUGCCCAUCUAAUAAGAUUUGUCUUACUUUGUUAAAUAGCAUUGUUUGAUAUUGAAUUUAAAGUUCUAUAUUCCACUAAUGCUAAAAGGUUUCAGUAGCUAUAUCUUCUCAGUUUCACUCCCAUGUAAACCGCAUUUGAGGGAUGUCGCACCAAAUUCAUGUUCAAUGACAGAGAAUUGUGAGUAUCAGUUGCAUCUUCUGUAGACCCCUGAAUGCGCUCAUUAGAAGAAGAUACAAUUUUGAAUGCCGAUGUAAUUAUGCAUUUACCCGUUUUAUUAAAAAGCAAAUAUAUUUAU